GAUAAGCGGGUCUGGUCAAUGGAAAUGCUGUGACUGUGAGACCAUUAAAGGAAGGUAAACCGAGGAAUUGAUCGUUUGCAGUUGACCCUUUACCAUUCAAAGUCUUGAGUUUGCUUCGAUCAACUUCAGCUUGAUAACUUGAUACUGUCUUCAUCCUACUAUGAGCAAUCUCCACCUUCAAUUCGAUCGUUAUCUCAAUCCAGUAGGAUCAUUCGAUGGACUCUGGUUGUUGACUGCCUUUGUCAUCCUUGGUAUAGCUUACAAGCUUUUCCUUAGACCUCUUCUUUCUCCCCUGUCUAGACUUCCUGGUCCCAAGAACCCUAGUGUUCUAUUUGGAAACCUAGCUGUCACAUUUGGUCUUGAAGGUGGUUUACGCCAAUGGCAUAAAGACAUCGGUCCCACAUUGCGAUUGCGAGGGUUUUUCGGUAAUGUGCGACUAAGCACUAUUGAUCCUAAAGCUCUCAAUCAUAUCUUGGUAUCGCGUGCAUAUGCUUACCCUAAAUCGGAGGCAACUCGUCGAAGUCUUGGUAACUUGCUUGGUCGUGGUUUGUUAUUUGCUGAAGGUGAGACUCACAGACGUCAGAAGCGUUUGUUAGGACCAGUGUUUUCUCCAGUACAAAUCAGAGAGCUAGCGCCUGUAGUGUACGAGUAUGCCUUUUUACUAAGAGACAAAUGGGCUGAUUUGAUACGUAAUUCUCAAAAGCCCUACCUCGUCAUCAACGUCCUUCCCUGGUUAAGUCGUGCUACUUUGGACAUUAUCGGUUCAGCUGGAUUUGGAUAUCAGUUCAAGGCUUUAGAGGACAAUGAAAAUAGUAGUGCAAUGGGCAAAGCUUUCCAAGAUUUAACAUCAUUGAGUGGAAAAGGACGUACACCUCUCAAAAUUUUGAUCGCCAGCAUAAUUCGGAGUAUUCCGCCUUCAUUACGACUCUAUCAACCGAAAUCGAUGAAAAUCGUUGAUAUAUCUUUACAGACCAUGGAAAAUGAAAGCAGAGCUCUUCUAUCUCACAAGAAGAAGGAGGCUGAGGCUGGAGGUCUUCUUGGUGGGAAGGAUCUUAUCAGUGUCCUUGUUCGGGCCAAUACAAUGUCUGAGGAAGGAUCGUUAAGCGAUGAGGAAGUGAUUUCACAGAUGACCACUUUUCUAUUUGCUGGGCAUGAGACCACCGCUACUUCGCUCACUUGGAUGCUAUGGAUCCUAGCAAAACAUCCUGACGUCCAGGAUAAGUUAAGGAAAGAACUUCAAGAGGCAAGUGCUGCAGCAAGUCAAGGUGAAGAACAAAUUCCAAUAGAACAACUCACGUCCUUAACAUACUUGGACGCGGUCUGCCGCGAGACACUUCGGUUUUUGCCACCUGUCGCUCAGACCGCUAGGGAAGCAUCAAUGGCCGAUACAAUUCCAGUAAGCGGGGAUGGAGAUCCAAUUCAUAUUGCAGCUGGAGAAGAGAUCAUUAUUUCAAUCAGCGCCUUCAAUCUAUCCAAAGAUGUCUUUGGACCAGAUGCUGAAGUGUUUCGCCCAGAUAGAUGGAUUGAAAAGGAUCCAGUGGGUUCUUUACCUGGCAUUUGGUCAGGUUUGUUGACUUUCUUAGGUGGUCCUAGAGCAUGCAUCGGGUAUCGAUUUACUCUUAUGGAAUUGAAAGUGUUGGUCGCUGUGAUCAUAUGUCAUUUUCGGUUUGAGGAACGUGAUGGAUUAGGUUGUGGGCCAGAAAUUGAACGUCGAGUCAAUAUUGUCAUGCGACCACAGGUGAAGAAUGAAGAUAUAGGGGUCGCAAUGCCUUUGCGUGUUAGUUUAGUUGAAGGACCAUGAUUGACUAUCAGAUCAUCUGGUGAAAUAAUUAAUUUUAGAGAAUAUUGUUUGUCCUGAACAGCACGACACUUAUGUAGUGGUCAUCAGUACUCAGACCUAACAUGCUCAGCAUCACUCUCAUGACCUUUCUUCCUGAGUUUACAUUUCUCUCCCAUGAAUACAAUUUGCUUUCUUACUCAUCCAAAGUUUAGUUCAAACUAGUUUGUAUAUAAUGCUAAUAUUGUUGUUUCUAUACCAUGUUUCUUUCUGCUCUGUGUGCAAUAUUCAUUACAUUCUAUUACUC